GCAGCCGGACAGCGGGUAGCGAAGGCAUGAUGGCGUCCUCGGCGGCUCGCUGCUCGACACGCUGGAUAUCGGUGGCCGUCUCCUCGGGGCAGCGGCGGGCCUGCUCCACGCUCGGCCCGUGUCGCGUCGGGGGAGCCCGCACCGCCUCGAAAUUCGGAGCCCAGCAGAUCGGACACGGGGGCGGCGCGUUGCGCGGCGGAUCGGGGAAUGUCUUGACAUUGAGAGUACUGUCAGGUGUGAAGUCCCCCCAUGUGUUGUGUAGACUGUCCUUCCACACCAGUGCUCCUGCCUCCAGCAAGCAGGACUUCUACCAGGUGCUGGGGGUGCCUCGCACAGCCACACAGAAGGAGAUAAAGAAAGCCUAUUACCAGAUGGCCAAAAAGUACCACCCUGACACCAACAAGGAUGAUCCACAGGCUAAGGAGAAGUUUGCACAGCUAGCCGAGGCCUAUGAGGUGCUGAGCGACGAGGUGAAGAGGAAGCAGUACGACACGUACGGCUCGGCCGGGUUCGACCCGGGCCAGGCCAGCGCCGGCCAGCAGCAGUACUGGAGAGGAGGGGCCAGCGUGGACCCUGAGGAGCUCUUCAGGAAGAUCUUUGGGGAGUUUUCCGGUAGCACGGGUUUCGGGGACUUCAACGCCAUAUUCAAUCAGCCACAAGAGUACGUGAUGGAGCUGACGUUCACGCAGGCAGCGAAGGGCGUGAACAAGGAGAUCACAGUCAACCUGGAGGACACCUGUCAGCGCUGCGACGGCAAGGGCAGCGAGCCGGGCACCAAGGUCCAGCACUGCCACUACUGCAACGGGACAGGCAUGGAGACAAUAAACACAGGACCUUUUGUGAUGCGCUCCACGUGUCGUCGCUGUGGUGGGCGGGGCUCGGUCAUGACCACGCCCUGUGUGUCAUGCCGUGGAACAGGACAGACGAAGCAGAGACGGACGGUCAUGGUACCUGUGCCUGCAGGGGUGGAGGACGGGCAGACAGUUCGGAUGCCGGUGGGGAAGAAGGAGAUCUUCAUCACGUUCCGGGUCCAGAGGAGCCCGGUGUUCAGACGGGAUGGGGCGGACAUCCAUUCGGACCUCAUGAUUUCGGUGGCCCAGGCCAUCCUGGGGGGCACAGCAAGGGCGCAGGGGCUGUAUGAGACCAUUAACAUUGCGAUCCCACCCGGGAUCCAGACAGACCAGCGGAUCCGUCUCUCGGGGAAGGGGAUCCCCCGUGUCAGCAGCUACGGUUACGGAGACCACUACAUCCACAUCAAGAUCCGCAUCCCCAAGUCUCUGACAGACAGGCAGCGGGCUCUCAUCACGAGCUACGCUGAGGACGAGACCGACGUGGAAGGGACAGUUAACGGCGUCACUGCCACCACUGCGGGUGGGGGCAGCAGAGGUCAGCGGUCUGAGGCAGGGCAGGACAAGCAGGAGGAGGGCUUCCUCUCCAAAUUAAAGAAAAUGUUUAGCUGACAGCCACAACCCAGGUAAAAGGUCCACUGGGAACUGAGAGGAGAAGAUGGGGGAGAGGGGAGGACAGAAGAGCAGGGAGGGCCACACAGAGACGGGGGGGGAGGGGCAGCAGGGCCACGGUGUCCCCGAACAAACCGAACACCACCGUAAGAGACCGAACCAGGACCCAGUGUGGGUGAUCUCCUCUGCUCGACGGAACGUUAAUCACAAAGCGAAGACGAAGCUGCCGAGGCGUGCGGUUUACCGAUGGCGCCACCAUCAGGUCAUUCAUAGUAACACCAUAACACAACAGCCCAGUUAAAUGUUAGCCGGAUUCCUCAUAUUACCUUUACCUCUGAGUAUGGUACCAUAUGGGACUUGACAUCACAGGAAUGGAUAAUUUAUUUGAAAUUGCCUCUGUGUAAUUAUAUAUAUAUAUAAAGAAGUCCUCUCCAGAGAUAUUUUUGGGUUGGUCAGAUUAUUGUUUUCAAUAAGAAAUAUGUAAUUGUGUCUUACUGUUUUUGAAAUGAUUAUAUUCUCAGCUCAGUUGGUGUACAUAUCCCAGCUGGUGUGUGAGUGUGCCACACAGUUGAGAUACAGGUGAGAUCUACAGGAACAUUGUUUCAUCUACUGUUAAUCACAGCCAGGAGAGACUGCUGCCUUCGUGGUAGCCUGUCAAGUCAGGGGUUAACAGGUGGGAGCGGUUGUGAAUCUCCAAGUGAAAGUGUUUGGUUGGACGUACCAAGUUUUUAUAAAUUCUAUAAAACAUGUGCCACGGAUGUGGUCACCAUUUGGUGUACAGUUUGAUUCUAAUCCAGAAUGUAACGCUUAGGGCAGCAAAUGCCCACUCCUGGCUUACACACAAUUUGGCCAACUAAACGCUUUCCCAGAGAUUCGUCAUCAAAUGCCUAUUUACUUCUUACAGGUAACUUUAUGUAGUUGCAGCUCUGGUCAGAUAUACAUGUUAACUGGUGACUGAGGAGUGUCACUCCUUCAGUGUUAAGCACCGAGAUCUUUGAAAGAUACAAUAAUAAUGGAUUGAAUUUAUAUUGUAUUUUAAACCAAUAACGUUUAAGAUGGCUGAAGUAGACACUCUUUGACAUUGUGGGCGGACUGAACCUCGAUCAGAUGCUAUCGAGGACACUAGUAGCUCAGAUGCGGGGGGUGUUCUGUCUAUGAAAUGACUUUUUAAAUUUUUAUAUAGCAUUUAUUUUUGGACAUCCCCCCCCCCACCAUGAAGCUCCUAGGUGUAAUGCCAAUAGCAGAUGAGUCAAAUACAUCAAGUCUUGAGCCAUGAGUCUUGGCCACAUGGAUUAGAUGCUCCUGCGCUCAAAACCCUGAGGUCUGAUUGGCUGUCACAGGACUGACCGGCUGACGUGUUGGGUCUCGCACCUGCAGUUCCUGCAGUGUCCUACCUCACCUGGCUCUUCGCUGACCCUCCCUGACCUCACCUGUUGGUGGUUGCAUUCUGGGGCGCGGUACUGUGUGGAUCAGCUGACGCAGAGCCGAGAACGGGACGGGCUGUCCAGGUGAAUCUGCACAGCACUGCGCCCCAGACAGAACCAGACCAGCGUUCUCUGGUCGUUAUGGAUGUACUCCCGGAUGCAUGGAUGCUGUCCCAAGCCCCUCCUCCUCCUGCAUACACAUACACA